AUGUCAUGCAAGAGUAUUCACAUUCAAAUCAUGUUCCAACUAUCUACACUUGUUCUUGCUGUCCUCGCUGUUUCAGUUUUUUCUGCUUCAGUUCAAUACCCAACUGAAGAACAGGCUAAAGCCGAGCUCCAAGCAGCUGGAAUGACUCAACAAAGUAUUGAUGGAUUAUCUGCAUUGACUCAAAGAUUUGCAACUAGAUUCCCAACGGUUCAAUCAAAUAAAGAGGCAACUGAUAAAUUCAUUGCUGAAUACACUGCUGAUGCUCAGAACUUUAUGAAUUCUAUGCCGGCUGGGGAUCAGACAAUCUACAACAAUAUGUUGAAAAAGUAUGGUCUUGCAUAA